UGCCCGGAGUGGGUGUCACCUGCCUAAACAACUUGUUGACUCCUGGGAGCGCGGCCGGCUGGGUGUGCGGCUCACCUGUUCCCAGCGCGCAGGGCCGCUCGCCCCCCACUGCCCAGCCAUGAGCAAGUUGGGCAAGUUAUUUCGAGGGACCCGCUCCUCUCGGGCCCGCGCGGCUCCCAGCCCCCAGGAGGCUCUGGCCCGCCUCAGGGAGACCGAGGAGAUGCUGGCCAAGAAGCAGGAGUACCUGGAGAGCCGAAUCCAGAGGGAGCUCGCCCUAGCCAAGAAGCACGGCUCCCAGAACAAACGAGCUGCCUUGCAGGCGUUGAAAAGGAAGAAGAGGUUUGAGAAGCAGCUCUCGCAGGUUGAUGGCACCCUGUCCACCAUUGAGUUCCAGCGGGAAGCGCUAGAGAACUCGCACACCAACACUGAGGUCUUACGGAACAUGGGCUUUGCAGCCAAGGCAAUGAAAGCCGUUCAUGAAAACAUGGAUCUGAACAAAAUUGAUGACCUGAUGCAGGACAUCACAGAGCAGCAGGACAUCGCCCAAGAAAUCUCAGAAGCCUUUUCUCAGAGGGUUCAGUUUGCCGAUGGCUUUGAUGAGGAUGAGCUGCUGGCGGAACUUGAGGAACUGGAGCAGGAAGAAUUAAAUAAGAAGAUGACAAAGAUGCAGCUUCCGAAUGUGCCGGCCUCUUCCCUCCCCUCACAGCCCAGCAGGAAGCCCAGCAUGCCCUCCAGUGCACACCGAUCUCGAGCAGCGCCAUCCAGGAGGACCGAGGACGAUGACUUUCAGCAGCUGGCAGCUUGGGCUACUUAAGCUAAAAUGGGAACCUCUGACGCCUAAAUUAUUGAACUACACAUAAGACGUAAAUGCUUUUGCAAAGCCUAGAAGAUAGCAGUGACCUGUUUUAUGAAUUGCUGUCUUUUACAAAGCAGUUAAGUCAUGUGAAGACACGACCGGGCAUGGAAAGGGGCUGGUAGCAUCAUAGAAGACCCUUCCAGGCUGAUGGAGUGGGGGACUGUCUGCUUUAUCCUCUACUGUACUUUAGUUCUGGUACAAGUUGAUUCUUUGUGUAUAUGUAUUGAAAGAAAACUGAUUCUACUGACAUUUAAUACAUAUUCCAGCUUAUAAGCCCUCCUGAAGCAAUACCUAAGGUAACUGGGGGUGAUGUCUGUGCAAAUACAAGGCUGUGUGCAUCCAGGUCGCCCACAGUAAAUGUAAAUACGCUUCUAGAACAGACUUGAAGACAAGUCCUUAGUGAGUCUAGAUAUACAGUUUCAAUUGAGUUUCAGGGUUGAAAAUCUUCACGGAGCUUUAAUUGACAUUUAUUAUGCUGGUUGAGCCUUGAGAGGGGGAAGUGCAUGCAUCGCCCCAAAUGUCUGACCACACAAGCAGUUUAGCCUGCUCAGCAGGGCUCUCCGGGGUGUGAGUCAGACACUUAGGUAGCCAAGUGAGCACAGGCCUCGUGCUGCUGCUGCUUAGGCUCCACAGGCACGCCCAUUGCUUCCUGUUGUGUGCUCUCCUGUGCACUAACAAAGCGGAAACAAUGCUUCACAGCAUGCGCCUCGUAAAAAUACUAAAAUACUGGCAAUUAAAAAUAUAUCCGGAGUAAAAUUUUGUGCCUAAUUACGGUUAAAUUACGGAUAAAUUAUAAACUUAGGUAUCUCGCGUGCCAUAUCAGACGGUAAAAAUGACAAGCAACACAAUGCGAGGUUUUCUGAUGCCCUCUGCACUCCUUUGAGCAACGCUGGGGCCUGGAGGAGGAACACCACGGCAUCUCUGAGCCCUCGUCCCGGCUCAGUGCUCCCAUUCUGCCGCAGGUGUUUGGCACUUGUUCUUUCUCUUGGCAUUUUUCCUGCCCUGCACAACACACACACCAAAUCCUCCUCAUUCUUUAAAUUCUGGCUAAAAUAUUCCAUCUUGGGAAACUUUAAAAAAUUUUUUUUUCCAGACUAUAUGCUUUUAUAGCACUCGGCUUUCUGUUAUAGCGUUUUACAUGUUCUCUCUCAACAUUUAACCUGAGUGCAUUCCCCUGUUGGCCUGUGGUAGGGUGCGGAACGAGACUGCUUUAAAUAGUGUGUUCUCAGGACUCUUCAAAAUCUCUCAUGUACCCUAGGCAAGUCUUUCAGCAUUCACUCAAUGCUCAGCAACUGACAGAGGACGGAUUUGCCUUCUGUCCCUAAGCAGUCCUGAAAUCGGGCCACGCCUGUGGAGCAGCAACAGUGUUAGACACCGAAGGAGAGCCAGCUCUGGAGAGCCGGCUCUGGAGAGCCAGCUCUGGACAGCGAUGCCCAAGACAAGGGAGGCUGAUGCAGUGUGCUCAUCCCGUGUCCUGGCUCGCAUACCACCCACAUGGCUGCUGAGCGCAGCUAGCUGCAGGGAAGGGAAGGCACAAAGCCCCCACCACACUUGGGAAACUUGUAAAGCGAGUGAAUUUUAGUUAUGCUUAACUUUAGUUAAUUUAAUUAAAAAACAUUUCUCAAUGCAUUUAUUAGAAACAUUGAAGUAUUUCAGCACCUUAGUUCUGCCUUUUCAGCAGUUAAAUCUGUAAAGUCUGUCUAUAGGCCAGUAUGGGUGUCUGUCCUGUUUUUCCGCCUCCCUUGCUUCUUUCCAUCUCUCUGAGAUUCUGAGAGACAGCCUCACCAUGUAGCACACAAGUUCACUUUAUACCUCAGGCUGACAUUGAACUUCACUCCUCUGGCUUUAGCCUCCAAAGCCCUGGAAUUACAGGCUCCCAUCGCUGUGACCAGCACUGGGCAAAACACUAAUGGCAGAUAUUUACAGCCAUUCUGAGAGGCACUCUCAGUGUAAAAUACAAAGACUUGGUGAACAAAACUGUAAAAUAUCUCAUUAAUAAUCGCAUAUUGAUUAUAUGUAGAAAUGUUAUUUUAAAUGCUUUGCAUUGAAUAAAAUACAGUAUUGGAAAUUUA